AUGAAGCUAGCCCUUUCGAUUUUGGUGCAAAUUCUGGCUGAAUUGGAAUCUCGAACAUCAAUCGAACCUAUAGAACCUAAUGAGCAAACAUUUUUCAUUGAUGCCAUGGAUAUUGCUGCGGCAGCAAAUAAUUUGAAUAUUGCUGAACGCAUUGAAGCUCUAUACUGUUCCAAAGUCAACAAGACUCACUUGGCAUCAUUUGUAGAUGAACAUAAAUUCUAUCUUCGAUUCCUGGUUUUAUCUAUGAACAAUUUAUCAAUCGAGCAACUAGAAAAAAGAUAUAUUUCACUAGUGCCGCGGAUUGUAGGCACAACGGAUUUUCUUUUCAUUGAGAUGCUGGAUUUGUUACUGGUUGAGAUUUUUGUUAAGAUUCCUCAAAAUUUUUCCUUGCACAAAAAUUUUUAUCAAGUUAUUUCGCAGAAAAAAUCUAAUUGGUCGCUCACUCGUCGUGUAAUUGAAGAUGCACUAGCAUCCCGAAUGCUUACACAUUUUCCAAUCGUUGCAAGGAUUCUGAAAGUCCUUUUAUCAGUCGACAGAAAUAUUUUGUCUCCGGAUCAUUUUAAAGAGUAUACGGCAAUAAUCGAAAAAAUUGUUAAAGCUAGGCUUGAUUACAGCCAACAUCCAAUUAAAUUUAAGAGAUUGAAAUUUAUGCCCAGUGAAAUUAUUAAUUUCACGCUGUUAUUGAUAAAAGCUGGUCAGGAUGAAAAAGGGUGGGAUUUAUUGAAUUUGCUAGUGGAUUCUGACGUAAAAGAUGAUGAUUCUUGUAUCAAUAAAGAUAUUCCAGGAUACAUUACAAUUUCAACUUUGCGACCAUUAUUGAAGGAAAUUCUUUGUCGUGGUGAUUGGUUUCAUGCGUGCCACUGUUUGCAGAUAAUGGCUGAAUAUAUUCCGCAGGAACCACUGGAGCCUCAUGUAGAAGAAGUUAUACAGAAAUGCAAAUUAACUUCUCUUCAAGAGAAAAUUUUGCGUAAUUUUAUAAAAUCUCAAUUAUAA